AUGCUAGUUUCCAGACGAAGCUUCAGUGCUGCCCGUGCCGUGCGGGCAGCCGACUUCACGCACACGAUCAUCGGCGGCGGCGUGGUGGGUCUGGCGAUCGGCGCCGAGCUUGUCCAGCACGACCGGCGCAACAAGGUGUUGAUCCUCGAGAAGAACGCAGAGUACGGGCAGGAGACAAGCAGCCGGAACUCGGAGGUCGUACAUGCCGGGCUCUACUACCCGCCGGACUCGCUGAAGACGAGGCUCUGCAUCCGGGGAAAGGAGAAGAUCUACGAGCAGCGGGCACACAUCCCCGUGCAGCAGUGUGGGAAGUGGAUCAUUGCGCAGAACGGGCACGAGCAGGCGUACCUCGAGAAGCUGCAUGCCAAGGCCCAGCAGAUCGGCGUGCCGACCGAGUUUGUGCCGCUGGCGCAGGCCCGGACGCAGGAGCCGUUCGUGCGGGCCCGCUACGCUGUCCUCAACUCGCCCACCACGGGCAUCACGUCCGCCCACGGCCUCAUGGACUACCUGUACACGCGGUUCCAGGACGGCGACGGGAGUCUGGCGCUCGGAACAGAGGUCGUCGCCAUCGAGCGGCUUCCGGGGGAGAACGUGUACGAGAUCCGGACGAGGAGCGCCGACACCGCCGGCACGGCGGCCAGCUCGGACACCGAAGACUUCUCCAUCAAGAGCACCAGUGUAAUCAACUGUGCUGGCCUUCAUGCGCCCGCCGUCGCCAACAUGGUGCUGCCGCCGGAGCGCCACGUCCACGCGUUCUACGCCAAGGGGAACUACUUCAGCUACAGCGGCCCCAACACGCACGUCCGCCGCCUCAUCUACCCGUGUCCGACGCCCGGCGUCGCCUCCCUCGGGACCCACCUCACGCUGGACCUCGGCGGCCAGAUCCGCUUUGGCCCCGACCUCGAGUGGGUCCCCGGCUGCUCCGACUACCGCGUCAACGAGCACAACCUCGACGCCGCCGUCGACGCCGUCAAGGUCUACCUCCCGCACAUGCGUCGGGAGUACCUCUCGGGCAGCUACAGCGGAAUCCGGCCCAAACUGGCGGGCCCCGACAGCACCGCGUUCCAGGACUUUGUCAUCCGCAGCGAGGUCGACGCCGGUCUCGACGGUUUCGUCAACCUCCUGGGCAUCGAGAGCCCGGGCCUCACCGCCUCAAUGGGCAUUGCCGAAUACGUUGUCGAGAAGUUUUUCCGGUGA